AUGACGCCGCAGACGCACAAGUUCAUCGAAGUCACCUACCGCGCACUCCAGGGCAGCAGCGUCGAGACGACGACGAUGGGCGUCUUUGUCGGCGGGUCCCAGGUGCGCCAGAAGCCGCUCCACGAGUCUGAGUUCUCAGCCGAUGCCCACCACCAGACGGGCCAGUGCGACUGCAUGCUCGCCAACCGGCUGAGCUUUGUCUUUGACACACGCGGGUCCAGCUACAACACCGACACGGCCUGCUCGGCCAGUGCGACGGCGAUGCACCUCGCCAGUGAAGCGCUGGCGGGCGUGGCGAGUGCGAGUCGGCCUUCGUUGCGUCUGCCAGCCACCUGGCCGCGCGCCCUGCCCGAAGACGCAAAUGGUCAUGUCCGCGGCGGGGCCGCCGUCAGCAUCGUCCUCAAGCCGCUUGUUGCCGCACGCAGAAACGGCGACCGCAUUCAGGGUACGAUCCCGGGCACCGUACUCAACGCGAAUGGCGCGACUGCGGCCGGCCUCAUGUCGCCCUCGGAGGCCUCGCUGCGCGCGUGCGUGGCUAAGGCGUGGCAAUCAGCCGGCCUGGAGCCGCGCCUGGCCAGCUACGUCGAGGUGCAUGCCACGAGCACUACAGUCGGCGACCGCAUCGUGGGCGCCUCGCUCGAUAUCUCUGGCGGUGCAUCGCAGUCGCGCGCCAAGCCCCUCAUCGUGGGCUCGGUCAAGUCCAACGUCGGCCACAAGGAGUUCUGCGCCUUUCUCGUGUCGCUCAUCAAGGCGCUUCACAUUCUCCGCCGCGGCAAGACGGUUCCACAGAUCUGUGCGCAAAGGGCAAGCAAAGCGAUAGAAGCAGCUGGAAUUGUGUGCAGGCAAUGCACAAAGAUUGCUUCUGGCGAGCCGCUGGGCGCGCGCCCCUGGAUCGGCAUUACUGCCUCGGGCCUCGGCGGCUCCAGCGCGCAUGUCGCCCGGGGGGGGGGCAGAGGGGGCGGAUACGGAACAAAGGACACUCGACAUCGCGGAUGGCACUCGACGAGUGGUAGCGAGGGAAAUCCAGACGAUAGAGAGCAGCAGCUGCACCUGUUUGUCGUCAGCAGCCUCACCGAGCCGGCUACCUGCGCAGCUCUGCCACCAGCUCGACUUCUUCGAACCCAGACACGGAUAUCGCGCAAUGGCGUCGACCCUCGCUCGACGGGCGAGACAGAAUCCUUGGGCGACGUAAGCAGUGGGUCACAGUAUCGCAAGGACUUUGAAAAGGGCUGGGCGACCGAUGCCCUGGGCUGA